AUCUUGGCAGCAUGCCUCCUACAAAAUGUCAGAAAAGAGAAGGAUGGCCAGCUGCUCUGGAUUUGUGGAUUACCAGACCUCCACAGGAGAAGCUGUGUUUUGCUUCAGUAGCAUAAAGGACUGUUCUAAACUGCUGUCAAGCUCCUUCUUGUUUAAUGGAAAAAAUCGGGAGUCAUUCCUCCAGCAGCAAUGGUAGUAUGACUGGAGAACCAGGCAGCUUCUGCUUAUUGCACAUAUGGAAUCCUAUUACUUUGAAGGACUUCUUCCUGACAAAACCUAGGAAGAUAAAAUCAGGCUUUUUGGAUGGACAUCUUACUGCACUAACUUGCUGCACUACUUGUUUUGCUACAGCCAUGCAGAAGACUGCACAAUAGCAAGCUGAAGAAGCAAUCAAAUGUUAUCUUGUUGACCAAAGAGGAUAUGAGGCAGCAGAAGUGGCUUCCAACCACAUUGGUCACCUGUGGAUUUCAGGUUACUGCAAAAUUGUGGUAGUCCACCAGGAGAAAGUCUCUACAGGACACUUUUGAUUUGCAGCAGCAUCUUCCCAGGAGAAUUGUCUGUGAUCUGGGACAAAAUAUAGGAAAAGAGUCAGGAAAUUGUUGAGAAGAUAGUGAUAAGAGGAAGAGAUAGGCUGACUUGCUGUUUAUUAUCUUAGUGGCUUCAUGCACCUUUACUAAUCCUGGAUAAAUCAGCAUUUUCAGUCCACUGCAGUCAGUCUCACUGAAGUUUUUUAUAUCCACAGAAGCUCAGCACUGACCUGUGCCAAAAGUGUUGGGAAGCAAGAGGAAGAAGAAGAACUGGCAUCACUAUACCUGCAUGUCUGUUGGCAGACACUGCACAUUUUCAUCACUCAUGUUUCAGAGAAUGCAGAAACCUUUUAUUCCAGGAGUGCAGUAGUGCUCUGGCAAGAUCCUUGUGGCCUUAGGCUACAACCUGGUAAUUGCUUCAUCUGCAGCUUGCCCCAUGACAGAUAAAAAUAGGGCUUGAGCUGCAGCCAGGCUGUGUCAGUGGUGAGGGUGCAGCCUCCUUAGCCUGUUAGAGCUUGACUCCUGGUAGCUCUGGCAUAGGGUGAAUAAUCACACCUACAGACAGGCAAAUAAGGAGGGUCAUGCUGCCUGAGUUCCACCUACGCAGGGAAAUAGCUUGCCUAGGGGGUUGCUCCUUGUUGAGGGGAAGUGAAGGAAAGACACUGACCCAACCCAUUCUACAAAUUUGUCAGCAGAAGCAGCAGCAUAGGACUGUGUUGGCUGAGCUGCAGGAAGGUGGCUGCUGACAAGCUCAGGCCUGCAUGGAGAGUGGCGUGUGGCUGCUGUAUGCUUGCUGAACAAGCUGUCCUAGCUGGUGGUGAGAGAUAUGGCCAAAAACCAUCAGCAGCCAGACCCUCUGUGGUAGGUCCUAGGGAAGGCGCAGGUAUAUUAAGAAAUUGUAGCCUUGACUGGACAUUCUGUCAUAUCCUGUGACAGUACAAGAGGAAAUGGCCUCAAGUUGUGCCAGGGGAGGUUUAGAUUUGAGAUCAGGACAAAUUUCUUCACGGAAAUGUUGUCAAACACUGGAACAGACUGCCCAAGGAAGUGUUAGCAUCAAUGUCCCUGAAGGUAUUUAAAAAAUGUGUAGAUGUGGCACCUGGGGACAUGAUUUAUGGUGAACGUGGCAAUAUUAGAUUAAUGGUUGUACUCUGUGGUCUUGAGGUCUUUUUCAAUCUAAAUGAUUUUGUUAUUCUCUGAUCUUAGUUCUAGUUUCUCUAUUUGUUCCUGUUACUCAUCUCCUUCGUGUCAUCCUCUGCUUCCUCAUGCCCCCUCACUGACUAGCAGAUUCUUCAGCUACCAGUGUGCUGUGUGUCACGAGCACAAAGUGCAUGCAGUUCUGCAGUUCAACUGAUUGCUAACAAGGCUGAGACAGUUCAACACAAAAGUUAGUUACUCCAGAGGGCUUCCCAAAAGCCUUCCUUUUCUGCAGUUAAGAAGUGCUGGAAGCUGAGUAUCCCACAAGCACUGUGCUUCAAAGAGGGAGAGCUUGAAGGAGUCUGAAUUAUUAGCUGCAAAUCUUGCUUCAGUUAGUGUUCUUACAUUGGAUAGUUGUUCUAAAUGCAGCACAUCACUGGAAAUAAAGGUUUGGUUUUCCUCCAUAUAGUGUCCAUUAUGGCAUGCCUGCCAGUUUUGUUAAUGGCCUGAGAAACAAAACAGAAAUUAAACCAUCUGCCUGUACCUACCCCUUGUCUGAAGUACUGACAGGAGGAAAGACAAUAAAUAGCUAAAUUCAACACGUAUGACUUAGAAGACACAAGUGGAGCAUUAAAGGCCAUUUUUACAAUGUAAUUAACACACUAUGGGCAUUAAAGCAAUAUUUACCUGGAGACAGGAGUCUUCUGUUCCUGCUUUCCACUGUUGGUUUUCCCAUGGAAAAAUAUUGUUGGACUCUGCCUCCAUGCCCCCUCAGCAGAAAGAAGCUGCAGCCAAGUUUGGUGGUGAAUUUAUUUGCUCACAUGGGUUACUCACACCACAGCUCUCCUGGGCAGCUUCUGUCAGGAGCCAGCAGCAAGGACCCUUUCCAGUAUCCGAGUUUACAUGAGAGCCUGGCAGGGGAGUGUUCUCCUCUGUGCACAGCCAGCCUCAGUAAAUCUCAGCGUGACAGGCUCGCAGCCCUGCCGCUGAACUUUUAACUUGAAGCUCUAGCAGGGUGCUGAGUAGCUCCAGCUACAUGACACGAGCUGUGAAAGUAAAUCACUUCGCUGGGAACAAGGGGAAGUCCAGCAUAUUGUUUUGCAGACUUUGCCUACAGCUUCUUUGCAGUGUAAGGAUAGAAUAUAUACACCUGGGAAAGCAGUCAGAGCGAGAUGGACUUCCAGCACAGAGCUCAGCCCUUCCCCAUCCCAGAGGAUGAAGAGGUUGCGUACAAGGUCGCUCCCAAUGCUCACAACUCCGCGGGAAAUGAAGGCGAGAAACCGGUGUCAAAACUGCAACGUAGGCACAGUGAAAUAAAACUCUACAAAGAGUUUUGUGACUUUUAUGCAAAAUUCAACAUGGCCAACGCUCUUGCCAACGCCAUCUGCGAGCGCUGCAGGGGGGGCUUUGCCCCUGCUGAGAAAAUCGUCAACAGCAAUGGUGAGCUGUACCACGAGCAGUGCUUCGUCUGCGCCCAGUGCUUCCAGCAGUUCCCCGAAGGGCUCUUCUAUGAGUUUGAAGGGAGGAAGUACUGUGAACAUGAUUUUCAAAUGCUUUUUGCCCCUUGCUGCCAUCAAUGUGGUGAGUUCAUUAUUGGUCGUGUUAUUAAAGCCAUGAACAAUAGCUGGCAUCCAGAGUGCUUCUGCUGUGAUAUCUGCCAAGCAGUAUUGGCUGAUAUUGGAUUUGUCAAGAAUGCUGGCAGACAUCUCUGCCGUCCUUGCCAUAACAAGGAAAAAGCCAGAGGCCUGGGAAAGUACAUUUGCCAGAAGUGUCAUGCUAUUAUUGAUGAACAGCCUCUCAUAUUCAAAAACGAUCCUUAUCACCCUGAUCAUUUCAACUGUGCAAACUGCGGGAAGGAACUUACUGCUGACGCUCGUGAGCUGAAAGGAGAACUCUACUGUUUACCCUGCCAUGACAAAAUGGGUGUCCCCAUCUGUGGGGCAUGUAGGAGACCAAUUGAAGGCCGUGUGGUGAAUGCUAUGGGCAAACAAUGGCAUGUGGAGCAUUUUGUUUGUGCAAAAUGUGAAAAACCAUUCCUGGGUCAUCGUCAUUAUGAGAGAAAAGGCUUGGCAUAUUGUGAAACCCACUACAAUCAGCUGUUUGGUGAUGUUUGUUUCCAUUGCAACCGUGUGAUUGAAGGAGAUGUCGUGUCUGCUCUGAAUAAGGCAUGGUGUGUGAACUGUUUCGCUUGUUCAACUUGCAACACUAAGUUAACCCUCAAGAAUAAAUUUGUUGAGUUUGAUAUGAAGCCUGUCUGCAAAAAAUGUUACGAGAAGUUUCCUCUAGAGCUGAAGAAAAGACUGAAGAAAUUAGCUGAAACUUUGGGAAGGAAGUAAAGACUUCAUCUGCUCUCCUCUUCCUUUGUGAAAGUCUUAGAGAUACUUCUACUUGUGGGGUAGAGGGGAGUUGCUGCUUUGAGGCUGCAGUCAGACAAGAGAUGCUGAUGCAUGCCUUCUAUCAACACAAAAUAUAUUAAGAUUCUCUGUUCUCUAUACAUGAUGCUUACUUGUUGACAAACAGACCAUACUUCCAAAAUAAAUACCAGCUCACCUGAAAGGUUUUUGACCAAUAAUACCAUUGUACUGAUGCAGGUGGCCCAUUCUGUACACUAAUUCUCUGUGGAACUCUACAGAGAGAGAAAAUUUGCUUGUGAACACCACCUGUGAAAACAAACUUUGCAAAUGUGCCCAACUUUAGGGAUGUGUAUUGUCAUUUAUGUUAGUGAAAAUAUUAACCUUCAUAUUAAGCAUGCAGACAAAACUCACCCAGCUCAAGUGAUUUGGGCAGGAAACCAGGACACUUUGCCUCAUGGAAAAAUUCACACUUGGAGUUCAGGCCAAGUCACCUCAUUAAGGAGCCUUGUCUCAGAUGGUUUGAAAACUAUCACAUUUCUAAAUACAGCCACUGUACAAACGACAUACAUAAAAUUAUAAACAUGAUAGAUUAUGCUUAUAUGAGGAAUGUUUCUACAUCAGGCUUAGCAUGAGAUACUUAUAUAAAAAAAUGUAUUCCUAUUGCAAGAAAUGAGCAUACUCAGAACUACUUGAAUUUUGCUAUAUUCCACUUAAAAUAACACAUUAACUUCUAUAUAUGCUUUUGCAUUCUAUUUACUUUUUGUGCCUUAUUCUGCUGGACCAUACAUAACAAUGUACCAUUAAAUAUAUAUAGUUUUAUAUUUUAUUUCAUAUUUUUAUGCAGAAACUAUUAGAGAAGGUAUUUUCAAAAGAUAACAUACUUUGCCUUAAUUAUACAGGAUGCAAGAAGUACUUUAUUUGAAAUGUGAACAUCUGCAUUUAAAAUCUAGCUUCUAGACUUCAUUGAUUUUCAGAACAAUGCUGAAAAUGCGUAUUUCAAUUAACUGGCAAUAUUACUUUUACACCUCUGUGUGUAAAUAUGCAAGGUUUGAUCCUGCUAGGAUCUACUUCUUUAGCCAUCCUCAAGGACUGAGCUUACAAAUAAUAAAAAUUCUUUAUAACAUACAUUUAAUUGUUUUAUACUGUUGAGUUCUGUCCAUGCAAAUUUGUUUUAUUUUUCCCUUUGUUAUAGAAAAUACGUCUACUUAGGUCUUCUUGAUGGUACGAAGUAUGCAAACUUUUUUUUUUAUUUUUAUACAUUAGUGACUUAAACAGAUGUUAUGUAAUUAUGUAACAGGAAGUAAAAUUUUCUUUCCUGUUUAUGAAAAAUUAGUUACUUUAAAACAAUUGCUUUCCUGUGUCAUCAAUAAAGGCCAUGUUAGUAACCUUG